ACAGGUUGUUUGAGCUCCUUCAAAGUGACAGGAUACUCUGGAGGAAUUGUCAUCAUCUACUGUCAUUAUUCCACAGAAGACAGAAGUCAUGACAAAUAUUUCUGUAAACGGCAGUAUAUUUUGAGUUGUGAGGAUCAAAUCAGAACUGGAUUGAAUAACACCUGGCAGCACAGUGGUAGAUUCUCUCUGUAUGACAACACUGGAGGAAACUACUUCAAGGUGAUCAUCAGACAACUGACCAGACAAGACGAAGGGACCUACUGGUGUGGAGUGAACAAACCUACUAUACCUGACAGUUAUACCAAGGUAGAGCUGGAGGUGAAGAAGGAUGACUGCUGUGUGAAGUCAGUCACAGAGACGGCCUUUCUGGGAGGAGAAGCUACCAUCAGAUGCAACUAUCCAGAGGACCAUGAGGACAACAUCAAGUAUUUCUGCAAGGAAAGCAAUGACUUCAAGACUUGUGUUUAUAUGGUCGCUGCUCACCAGACAACUGCAGAAGCUGGUCGUUUCUCUGUUUCUGACAACAGAACAGAGAGAUUCUCCACAAUGACCAUCAGUGACCUGACUGAAGAUGAUACUGGGACCUACUGGUGUGGAGUAGAAACCAGCAGGACAGAACAACGUUACAUUACACUGAUCACACAGGUUAAACUGGGUGUUAUAAUGAAACCAACCAACACCACAACAACAACAACAGCACCACCAGACCCACCCACAACCACCUUCCUCUCACCAUCAUCAUCAUCAUAUGAGGGUACCUCAGUGGUCAUCAUGGUGUCUGUUAGUCUGGUAGUGUUACUGCUGCUGAUCAGCCUGAUCAUCGUCUACAGAUGGAAAUACAACAACGUCACAGGAUCUGUCUCUUCAACACACAGAGUGAGUCCAGACACAGUAAACAAUGAAGGGGGUUGUCAUGGUGACGGUGACUAUGAGGAGAUAAUGGAGCGCCCCCUACAGUCAGACUCACAUGCUGCGACCUCCACCAUUUACGCCACCGCCAACUUACCCACAAGCUACUCUGACUCUCCCCAUUAUGCCAGCGUCAACUUCCACAAGAACCCCAGUAGCCCCAACGAAGCAACUGCCACCAUCACUAAAGAGGGCAGCUGCCCCAAUGAGGACAUCGCUGCCAUUACUAAAGAGGGCACUUCAUCAUGUGACUAUGCUACUGUGAACUGUCAAAGCCCCACCUACUCUACUGUCAAUCAUCCACACUGUUCCUCUGAGGCUCCUCCCAUCUCCUCCACGGGCAGCAUACCCAUAUACACUUGAGUCACUGGCAACCAAUCACAAGAUACAUACACUCACAGUCUACUUCCUGUUCUCUCAGUGACAGUGAGUUUGCAUGUCUUGCCCUGUUGAGCGGAGGUGUCACUUUAUGGAAAAUUUACAGAAAAUUCCCUGCACAAAACUGACAGUGAUAUAGGGGUGGAGUCAACAAACUCCGCCUUCGCAGUUUAAACUGUUCAAUAUGAGCGCAGCCACCCAGUAGAUGAUGAUGAUGAUGACGAGCAUUAUAAUAAUUAUAAUUAUAAUUUUAUUGUGAUGUUAUUUUGUCUUAAUUGUAUUUAUGAUUGUACAUUCUUAACUAAAUAAUAACAUUCGACAUCUCUAGACCGUU